UUCUCGAGGGCGCUCCCCUGCCCAUCCAAUUCAAGGACCUCCUCAUGUGCGAGGACGCUCUCCUCCUCCCCACAUGAGGGCCCGCUCUCCUCCUCCCCAUGCCAGAGCUCGGUCCCCUCCUACGCAUGCCCGAGCUCGGUCCCCUCCUACGCAUCAUCAUUGGAGGCAUCCGCAGGCAGCCCAUGGACAUCGGGUGGCAUCACAGCGUGGACAUUAUCAGCAGCCCCCGCAACAGGCUAGACCAGGUGCCCAUCCUCAUCCGCAACCUUACCCUACUGGAUACAACAGCAAUCCACAGCAGGGCAAUGUCAACGGACAUGGAUAUGCUCUGCCGAAUCAAAAUGGCUCCAUGGCAACGUCCAUGCCGGGCUACCCAUCACGGUCCUACAGCGGGCAACCAGUGUCAUCGGCUGGCAGUCUUCCUGUCUUCAACGAAUCUUUAACAGAAAUUCCCACUGAAGGCCCCACAUGCCAGGUUGUGCUCUUGGAUGGAUCCGUGCAACACAUGCCGUUGCUCCUCGCUCGUCAGUUCCUUGAGGCUGGAGCAGCUCAGAGCAUCUACGCCGAAGGGAAAAUAAUGCAUGCAGGCGGCGAUGAGUUCUCAUCCACCAUCGACACCUCAUCGAGGGGGGCGCAACCUCAAGUGUUUGUUCAGCAACCUCACAUGAUUCCCGUUGGACCUUCAAUGAUCUCCAAUCAGUUUUAUCAUGCUUCUCCUGCUCCAAUGCAACCGCCCAAUCAAUUUCAAUCAGUCGUUUCGUAUGGAAGAUCACUGGACAUGUGAUUUCAAAGAUUCCAGAGUCCUGUCAUGAUGCUCAGCCCAGAAUAAACACAUGGAUGUCAGCUCGUGAUGACAAGGGAGCCCGUUACGCCUGACUGGCGCGCUUAUGCGGAUUCAUGUACAUCAUUACACAACUUUAAAGUACAACUGUGAUCUAGUUAGUAGAGACUAGGUGUUGGAAGUUUUGAUUGCAUUCAGAAUUCUGCAAGAC